CUCCAAAAAAAAAAAGUCCCUAGGAUAUAUAGCAGAACAGAAAAUCUCUGCCACUCUGCCAGGCCUGUACCAUACCAUCACACUGAAGAGCUGAACGGGAGAGGGACUGAAGGAGGGAGGCAUCCCACAAUUUCGGAGCUCGAUCAGUUCUGGCACACAAUCGAAAAUCCGUUUCUUGUCCUUUCUUCCUCUGGGAGCUGUUGGUCUAUGCAAUUGUGGAUGAAGAGUUGUUUCUGUAUGAAAUCAUCCGGAAUUGGUGGCACCGAUCCUAAUAUUGCGGGCAAGCUUGAUUUCAUCUUCGUUUUCUUGCACCUUCCAUGUUAGAAGGUCGAAGAAAUCUUUAAUCUGCACCCCCGACCACUAGGUUUAAGUCAGAGAGUCAGAUGGAAUACUCUGUAAUGCCCAAUUCCUGAUUGUUCAGAAACUACAUCCAAUUCAAUCCCAUCGUCUCAUGUGAAAAACUUAGCCCCAAAUUCUCUGAACAUGGGUGACAUUCCCGAGCCGGAAGCUGCCAUGGCCGUGCCGGAGCCGUCGUCUUGCCUCACCCUGCGAGUCUUCUACCUGAGGGUGAGCAGGUGCGAGGUCGACGAGUCCUUGCUGGACACCCUCACACUCACCCACAUCCCGCUCACCCCUGACACCGAGCUGGAAGUGAGCGGCGCCGGUCAGAAGCCAAGCAUCAGCAGCGGCAAAGCAGGCAGCACCGUGUCGUGCUCCCUCCGCCGCGACCGCGUCGACGCGAAGUCGGAGGAGGCCACCUUCGUCAGCACGGGGACCGUCAGGAUGUCCGGCAGCGUGCGGUUCGAGGUCCACAACAGGGACGAGCGGCUCCUCGUGGGGAUCCUGGAGAUGUGCGACGCGGAGGGCAAGGGCAAGAAGAGCUGGGUGAUGAAGUGCCAGGUCGCGACGCAGCGCGGGUCGGGGUUCCUGAGGUGCAGCAGGGACACGGAGAUGAAGCCGCCGGCGGUGGAGGUGUACGUGGCCGGCGUAUUCCGGGGCACGCCGAUCGUGUUCACCAAGGCCAUGCAGCUGCGGUUCAGGAGGCGGCGCCAGGUGAAGGCGUUCAUGGACCCGAUCCCUGAGUGCGCCGAGCAGGCGGAGGACAUGAGCCAAACGCCUCCGAAGCAAGAACCGCAGGAAUCGGAGUACAGGUGCUACAAGCCCGACCCGGACGCGGACGACGAUCACGAGGACAGCCUCUGCAAGAGACCCGCGGGGCUCGACGAAGACGAAGAGUACAGCGAGCUGUCGUGGUUCACCGCCGGGGUGCGGGUCGGCGUCGGCAUCAGCCUGGGCAUCUGCCUCGGCGUCGGCAUCGGGGCCGGCCUCCUGUUCCGCUCGUACCAGUCCACCUCCAGGACCCUCAAGCGGCGGCUCAUCUCGAACCUGCUCGGAUGAACAACCCACUGCAGUUCGAGCGCCCAUCUGGGUGGCUCCUAAAACUUUCUUAGUGAUGAUGAUGAAAAAAAAGAAGGAUGUAGAUGACGAAACGUUGUGCGCUGUGCCGGACGCACCCUAUUGUAGUAUAUCCUCGUGCAGUUGGUAUGGCGUAUUGGCAGUGUGCGUGCCAUGGCGAUGCUGCCGUCCUGCCGCUUCCGACGCCAGCCAGGCGGCGGAGCUACUUUUUCCAAGUCGUCGCUGACCUGAACCCUGAUCGUUUCAUGUAUGACAUGUUGGUUCUGGCU